UAUAUAAAACCACGUUCUCCAUUCUACUUCAGCACGAUCUAAAAAUCCCUGCACGUAAAUUCCAUUUCCUCUUCCAAAAAUCCCUUCUCCUAUAUAUAAUCAAUCUUACAUAUUCAUCCAUUCUGAUUUCUCUCAAUUCUACAAAAAAAAAAACAUCAUGGGUGAAGAUAAUAAUAACUCAACAACUGAUAAAAAUGGUUCAAAAUCAUCUUUCUUCCCAAGCCGCAGACAAAUCCGCCGGACAUUCAACAACAUUAAAAUCACAGUCAUCUGCGGUUUCGUCACCAUCCUCGUCCUCCGUGGUUAUGUCGGAUUCAACCUCGCCACCCCAGAAGCCGACGCAAUAACACAAAAUCUCGCCGACAAAACCAACAGAAUCUUAACGGAAAUCCGUAACGAUUACAAUGAACCAGACGAAAAUCCAAACACGACUGUAAACAGUACUACUCUCGGUCCAAAAAUCAGCAACUGGGAUGAACAACGAAAGGAAUUUCUGAAUCAAAAUCCAAACUUUCCUAAUUUUGUAAACGGUAAACCGAGGAUCUUGCUAGUAACAGGUUCGUCACCUGACCCAUGUGUUAAUCCAAUUGGUGAUCAUUACUUGUUGAAAUUCACUAAGAACAAGAUUGAUUAUUGUAGAUUACAUGGGAUUGAGAUUGUUUAUAAUAUGGCUUAUUUAGAUAAACAAUUUUCUGGGUAUUGGUCUAAAUUACCUUUGAUUAGGAGUUUAAUGUUGGCUCAUCCUCAAGUUGAGUUUAUUUGGUGGAUGGAUAGUGAUGCUUUGUUUACUGAUAUGGUUUUUGAAAUCCCAGUUUUGAAAUAUAAGGAUCAUAACAUGGUUAUUCAUGGUUUUCCUGAUUUGUUUGAGAAAAGAUCAUGGAUUGCUUUGAAUACUGGUAGUUUUUUGUUGAGGAAUUGUCAAUGGUCUUUGGAUUUACUUGAUGCUUGGGCUCCAAUGGGUCCAAAUGGUACUGUUAGAAAUGAAGCUGGAAAGGUUUUGACAUCUACUUUAUAUGAUAGACCUGAUUUUGAAGCUGAUGAUCAAUCUGCUUUGAUUUAUUUGUUGACUUCUCCUGUUAUUGGCGAAAAAUGGAUGGAGAAAGUGUUUAUGGAGAACUCCUAUUAUUUACAUGGUUAUUGGGUUCAAUUAGUAGAUCGGUAUGAAGAGAUGAUUGAGAAAUAUAAGCCGGGAUAUGGGGAUGAUAGAUGGCCUUUCGUAACGCAUUUUGUUGGAUGUAAACCUUGUGGGAGUUAUGGUGGUUAUUCGGCUGAACGAUGUUUGAAAAAUAUGGAGAGAGCGUUUAAUUUUGCGGAUAAUCAAGUGAUUAAGUUGUAUGGAUUUCGUCAUUUAGGUUUGUUGAGUCCGAAGAUUAGGAGAAUCAAAAAUGAAUUGUAAAAUUUUGAUGUGUUAUUUAUUUUUUAUAUUUUAUUUGUUA